GCACUGAAUGUGGUAAAAGUUUUGUUAGUAAAGAAGAACUCAAGAUACAUAUGAGGCGACAUACUGGUGAGAAACCUUACUCAUGUACGAAAUGUAAUAAAAAAUUUGUUGCUAAGAUAGGACUUAAUCUUCACAUGAAACGACAUAUUGGUGAAAAGCCACACGUUUGCCUUGAAUGUGGAAAACGUUUUAUGCUCGCCUUUGAGCUACGUUAUCACAGUAAAACUCAUUUACGACUAUUUGCUUGCGAUGAGUGUGACGAAAAAUUCAAAACAAAUAAAAAACUUUUAAAACAUAUCAGAAUUCAUUCAUCUGUAAGAAAGCGGGAAAACAAAGCCCAGAAGCAUAAAUUCAAAUUCAUGGAAUGCAAUGUGGCAGAGGAAGAACUUAAAAAUCAUUACGACAGGGGAGAUCAUAUAAGUGAGAUCUUUGUAAAAAUAUAAUAUAUAAGUAUUUUGAGAAGCAAUUAUUAAUUCUUUGUUUAAAAAUUGCGUUGCUACUGUGACUUUUAAUACGUAUAACCUUACAUGACAAUUUAUCUUUUGAAUGGGUUGCUUACUACGGGGAUCUAUGUUUCAAAAGAAAACUAUUUUAUUUUGAAACUAUAUUUAGCUUGACACUACAACAAAGAAUUUUCUUUUGUGUUUUUAGGCUUUAAUGA